AUGGACAGUGUGAGCGGCGGGAGCACGGGGACUGGAACUCGUCGAGGUUCUGACUUAUCUCACGUGCGACGCGGCGGGCUCGAACUCCGCUACCCAUCGCAGUUCAAGAAAAUCGACUCGGUCAUAAUCGAAGAAGACGAGUACCGCUCGACCAAGAAUGACCGCACGGUCAACUACAGAAAGUGCGUCUGCCCCUUUAUCGUCGGCGUCGUCUUGAUGAUCGCCGGCAUUGUCCAACUCGGCGUUGGCCUCGCGCUGCGGGAUACGUUGGACACGUUGGGUUAUUCCGGCGGCAUCAGCAUCCUUUUCGCGAUAAUGUGCAUGAUGCUGUGGUACGCCUGUUCGCUCGAGGUUGAGGACCGCGAAAUGCCACGGGUUUCGCUCCCGAAGAAGUCAAAGGGACCGCCAAAGUGGCUGAAAAACAACGAGAGCAGGACUCAAAGCCGUCUCGUCGCUCCCGAUACACCUGAUCAAACCUUUGCGUGCUUCCCGACCAGAUCCAACAAUUUAGAAACGAAAGCUGUAGUAGAACUGGACGAGCUUUCAACGUCGACCUCGCACCAGAACCAGAACCACCAACACCUCGACCCUACGACGCACGAGAAAAAGUACGCGCUGCCAAUGUACGAAUCCCCUGUCCCUCGGCCGGUCACGCUCGAGCUGGGCGGAGAAAGCAACCCAGCCUUUGUGGACGAAUGCAACGACACCCCAUGUUAA